GAUAGCUAGAGAGGCCUUAGAAACAGUAAAGCAUUUUGUUUUGCCUGCAAGAAGCUACUGAAAUAGGCGCCUACUGCAGUUGAAGAUUCCUUCUUAAGUAAUUCAGCGGCGAGAAAUUUAUUUUUGUUCGCUAAUCGAUGAACCUGUGUUGUCUGGUGGAGAGUGAAGCAUGUGGAGGGCGAAGUGUACGAAGUGGACGAGCGGAUGCUGGCGCAGCUGGACGUCCUAGAAGACCAUCCUAAAUAUUAUGAGCGCGAGAUCCGUCGAGUGACUCUGACACCUCAGGCUGGUGAGGCCACUCCACUCACUCCAGCCAGUGAGACCACUCCACCCACUGCCGCCAGUGAGGCCACCGUCGAUGCGUGGGUGUAUUUGCUGCCCUCGUUCAAGCCUGCCAUGUUGGACCUGCCCAGACUCAAGAGCUACUCGGCCUCAGGGCCUCAUGGCCUCGCGUACAUGCCUAGGUAUGCGAGGCCCAAGCCUGGGCCAGAGUACUGGGUGGACGUCAAGGACGGCGUAGCACAGGGCCCCCCGACUGGAGAAAAUGUGACGACAUCAGCGACCGAGAUGACAUAAUGUGACUCCUGAGCCUGCACAUCUUACAUUCCACAGCACAUCUUGCAUUCCACAGCACAUCUUACAUUCCACAGCACAUCUUACAUUCCACAGCACAUCUUACAUCCCACAGCACAUCUUACAUUCCACAGCACAUCUUACAUUCCACAGCACAUCUUACAUUCCACAGCACAUCUUACAU